AUGUCGACCGAGAAACCAACGAUUCUUCUCCUCCCAGGUGCCUGGCAUAAAGCCGACAUUUACGAUGCGGUGGCCGAUAUACUUCGAACUCAAGGCUAUCCUGUGGUGACCAUGAAACUGCUCUCCACAGGCGGGCCACUAUCAACGACUGUCGCAGAUGAUGCAGAACACAUCCGGCAAGUGUAUCUCAACGACCUGGUUGCGAAGGGAAAAGAGGUCGUUGUGGUUAUGCACUCAUACGCCGGCAUCCCUGGCACAGAAUGUGUAAAGGGGAUUGCACGCAAAGAUCUUGCAGCACUAGGCAAACAGGGCGGUGUCGUUGCUCUCAUCUAUAUAUCGGCCUUUUUGAUCGCUGCUGGUCAAAGCGCGGAGGCUACAGUGCCACAUGGAUUGGAGCCCGCUAUGACAAUAGAUGGUGACAUGACAUACCCAAAAACCCCCAGAGAGAGGUUCUAUAAUGACCUUGACGACGAAACCGCUGCAAAACAGAUCGCAGAGCUUGUGCAUCAUGCUAAGCCGAGUUUCUGUACACCUCUCACGUACGAAGCCUACCGUGACGUGCCGAGCCAUUACCUUAUCUGCAUGCAGGAUGGAUGUUUUCCGGUUUUCCUGCAGCGGAUAAUGGCGGCCAUGCCUGGGGAGGGGUUGAUACGCACGCAUGAGUGCGACGCUGGACAUGUCCCGAUGCUGAGUGCUCCGCAGGCUGUGGCCGAUGCAAUUCAUGCAAUUGCUACAGAGCCAAGAGGAUGA